AGCCUACCGCUUACCCAAUAGCCUAGAGGCUGCUCGUCUCCCCCUCCUCUACCACGCCGUACGGGAAGCCUGCAUAGCCUAAGCGGAUACAGUAAGUCAAGUCGGAUUCCGUUCAACAUACGUCCCGGCGACAAGCUUGGCGUAAUAUUCCAGUAUGCAGAGUCUUCAGCUCCCACCUACCUACACCCUGUGCUUCGAGCUCAGUUUAUCUCAACUCUCAACCCGCCCGAGACUCAAGUUGUCUAGACGCGUGGCCCUCUCCCCGCCCUAAACUCCUCCUUGAGCGAAAUGUUUUUCUUUUCGCUCCGGAAGAAGACCUACGAGAAGCACGCCGAACCUCUCGGCGAUGCGGAAUCUCGCGAGAGGUUGAUGACGGAUGUUGAGUUAGAUCACAGUUCGUCCAGAGCAUCAGAAGAAACCGUGAUGCCAGCUGCGAGCUGGCAACGGAGAUCUCACAGAGCGCGGCUAUACACGACCCUCAGUUGCUCUCUCGUCAUAACAAAUAUCGUCACUUUCGGCCUCUGGCUCAGCUCACUUCACCGUAUGAAUUCGUGGCUGAUGGAGGACUAUUACAACCGGCCCGAGAUCGAGCACCUAGGGCAAGCACAAGUUCCUGUGGAAUACGAAACACGGAAAUUCCACACGGGAAUUGUCGCUGGCGAUGUGACGGAAUUUUUCGGCCCUCCCGGGAGCAAGGCCGACGUGGCUUGGAAUAAAAUAGUUGAGGCUGGCUUGACGCGGUUGACGGCCGACCAAGCCGGUCGACUUGGGGAAGUGACGGCGAAGGAGUGGAAUACGACCGACUCAUACGUUGGUGUACUGGGAGCCAUCCACCAGCUCCACUGCCUCAGCCGCCUUCGAUAUACCAUCUUUUACCCAGGUCGCUUUGAGGAAUUCGACGGAGGUCACCUUGCGCAACUUCACUUAUUACACUGCAUCGAAUACCUUCGUGAGAUUAUUAUGUGUCUCGGAGAUGUCACCGUUGAACCGGUUGGCUGGAACACAACCACUCUCACUUAUAUAGCAGAAAAGGACCAAGUCAGACAGUGCAGGAGGUUUGACAAGAUUUACGACUGGGCGACAGAAGCUGCCAACGAGGUCCCCAACGCUCCCGGCAAUGUGAAGGCCUGGAAAGACAUGCUAGAUUUUGAAGGGACUCACCCUGUUGACCACAAAGGGGAGGGUAGUUAAGUAGAUAGGCCCUUUGGCUGCCCCAAGUUUGGUAACCUCGGUAAUAUGAGUAGAAGGAUCGACGUCCUAAUUCAUCAACCAUCGGACUAGAGGCUAACCCUCUCGCUCAUCCGCUGGCAAGGUUCACAAUGUCGUCAACCCCGUCCAUCAGGUAUCCGGUGCUAGUAGCGACAGUUAUAACAUCACUGAAAUCAGAUUACGGCUCGUUGCCAUUUCUUUACACUGUCGAGCAAUCAGAAUCAAAGCAUAUAGCAC